AUGGGGCUACUAUCACGAAGAUCAUUAUGCGCUCUCGUCUUGAUGGCCGGCAUCGCUGCCGCCCACGGUGGUCAUGAGGCUGUACCCGAAGGCUCCGCUAUAUCACUAGAACCUCUUGAUACUACACUUUGGAUACACAUUUUACUUAUGGGACUCUCUUUUGGACUCAUCUUCCCCUUGGGGAUGGUGCUUGGAAUGGUUCGCUCACGCUGGCACGUCCCUGUUCAAACGGUCGGUACCGUUAUUGCCAUCGUGGCCUACUUUCUCGGACAUGCGCAUAAGGGUCGUCAAUUCGGCAAGAACGUUCACGCUUCCGUUGCGAAUUGGUUGAUGUUGCUCUUGGUGGUCCAGGUCGUGCUGGGCGUUUAUCUGAGAUUGCAUCUUGAAAAGGCAUUCCAAGGUCGGAUUCGAUGGAUAUUUGUCCGGGCCCACGGUAUUAUCGGCAAGAUCAUGCCCGUCGUCAGCUGGACGCAGAUGCUGUUCGGUGGUAUUACCGCGCUUGGUUUCUGUCAGGGUGAGCAUACCGGACAAUGUGCGGCGCAUUUCAUUAUGGGUAGCGCGUUCGUCGCGUAUGGUAUCACAUUACUGGUUCUGUUGCUAGCUGGUCAGUAUUGGCUGCGCCGUACUGGCCGCAGUCAGGAAUUCUUCGACUCGGCUGUUAUUGCCGCGUGGGGCUGUGUCAAUACCUUUACCGAGCACCAUUGGGGCGGGGAGUGGGUCAGGAAUGACCUGCAGCACACCCUUAUGGGUGUCAUAUGGUGGUGUGCUGGUUUGUUGGGCAUGUGGAUGAGCCGUACCAGAGGGGGUCAGCCCAAGCGCAACAUCAUCCCUGCUAUUGUCAUUAUACAGACUGGCUAUUCCAUGGGUGCUCACCCCCAGACUCUGAUGAUCAGUACCAUGAUACAUACUUUCUUUGGAUAUACACUGAUGGCUGCCGGCGUUGCACGUAUCAUUGAAAUCUCUUUCGUGCUGCGCGAUAAGCCUGCCAUUGACAUGAGUGGCUCUGACCCGAACAGCUUUCAGUUCCUGACUCCAUUCUUACUCUGCGCCUCUGGAUUUUUGUUCAUGGGUGCUACUGAGGAGCAGAUGCAACUGCUCGCUGACGCUGAUAUCAGCCACGUUGCAUACUUGCUAAUCUUGUUUAGCAUUACUUUCAUAGUGUUCCUCUUUGCCCAUAUCUUGAUUCACGUUUACGCUGUGCACGUCUUCCCCAGGGAUGACGAUACUGAGACCGACGCCCGUGGCAAGUAUGGAAAUGCCAAUGGCCGCCACGGGAACGGCCGUGUACGUUCAUCCUCCGACGCCCAGCGCAUCCAAGAUGCAGAGGGCUUCGAGCUACAGGGUCUUGUCAGCGACGAGGAAGAGGGUGAGUCCUCUCUCGGUCCUAGGAGGACUAGUGACGAGGAGCUGGGCCGAAAGGAAACACCCUGA